AUGUCGGUAUUUGCACGCUCGUCGUUUUCCGCUGCUGGUUAUGCGGCUUUCCGGCCAUCGUACCCGGCAUCACUCUACCAGACUAUUCUGGCAUAUCGCAACACCAAGUCAGCGACCGGCACGGCAUUGGAUCUAGGAUGUGGCCAUGGCCUCAUUUCUCGAGAGCUCAGCCCUCAUUUCGGCAAGGUCAUCGCUAUUGACCCCAGCGCCGGCAUGAUCAAGCAAGCAUCAGAGUCGACCAAGGACCCCAAGAUCACGUUCCGACAGGGCAGCUCCGAAGACCUCUCGUUCAUCGAGAGCAAGUCAAUCGACCUAGUCGUAGCGGGCCAGGCGGCGCACUGGUUCAACUACGAUAAAGUCUGGCCGCAGCUGGCCCGCAUCGUCAAGAGCGGCGGCACGCUCGCUUUCUGGGGCUACAAGGACAACAUCCUCAUCGGGUACCCGGAAGUCAACGAGAUAUUUGAUCACUUUUGCUACGGCGAGGGCAAAGCAUCCGCCCAGUUUCCCUAUGAAACAAUGGGACAGUACUGGGAGAAGCCGGGACGACAGAUUCUCCGUGACAAUCUCUCGGUGGUGGUGCCUCCGGAAUCGGAGUGGGAAAAGGUGAAGCGGAUUAUUUACGACCCCGACCGCAAGACAUCACAGAUCGGCGCAGACGUGGCGCCCGAGGCGGCGUGGCAACGUAAGAAUCUCAAGCUCGGCGAGUUCGAGGGCUAUGUGCGGACUUUCAGCGCGUACCGUGGCUGGCGUGAUGCGCAUCCCGAGGUCAAGAGCAGAGCGGAGGGCGGAACGGGUGAUAUUGCCGACGCAUUGUUUGACCGUCUAUUGGAGACGGUGCCGGAGUGGAAGGCCAAGGGUGAGGAGUGGCGGGACAUUGAGGUCGAGGCGGUCUGGGGCACGACGAUAAUCCUAGCCAAGAGGAAGUGA